AUGACUUGUCGCGGAAUGAAGAGUGUUUUCACUGGACUCGCAGUAAUCUUGUGGCUGUGGCUUCAAGUCCCUGGUUCCUCAUCCCAGUUUUUAGAGGAGGAUUGUGGGAUAGCGUCUUUAAUUCAGCCGAAAAUCAUUGGUGGUGAGCCAGCGGGAUUAGGACUACAUCCUUGGAUGGCCCUUCUGCACACGCAAACUUCCUUUAGAUGCGCCGGAUCUCUUAUCAAUCACUGGUUUGUCUUGACGGCGGCCCAUUGCUUCGAUAACGGGGUGAACUACAUUGUUCGCUUGGGUGAAUACGAUAGGGAUACAACUGAAGACUCCGCACACAAAGAGUACGAGGUAGAUAGGGGUUUCAGGCACAUGUACUACGAUAACAAAACAUAUACCCACGACAUCGCAUUGCUGAGGCUCAAAAUGAGGGUGGAGUACUUACACCAUAUCAAACCCAUCUGCAUUUUCGAAAAUAGCAAUAUGAAGUGGGUAACGGAGGAGGCCACCUGGUUCACAGCCACCGGCUGGGGCCUAACCUCUACGGAACCCUUUUCCCGUGGGAGUCGCGUUCUUCAAAAAGUGAAACUAAAUCGCAGGAAUCAAACUGAGUGCGCCUGGGUGUUUGUCCAACGCAUGACGUCCCAACAGAUCUGCGUGGGUUCCGAAGACCGUAGGCUCUGCCAAGGGGACUCCGGUGGUCCGCAGGGGAGGAUGGUAAGGAGGAAGUUUGGCGACGAGUAUCGCUUCGUCCAGAUGGGCAUUGCCAGCUAUUCGGGAGCAGGCUGCCCGGUCAGCAUUAUCACGGACGUCGUGAGCUACGGCGAAUGGAUCAAAAGGAUAGUGGAUUGGAAUACCCCCAGGGACGAAUCUUUAGAUUCUAAUUUAAGGCUUUAUUAAAAUCAAACAAAAACACCUCUUAACGAGGUAAAAAGUAGUGGCGAACGCGCCUUUAACAAAAAUUUC